UUAGAUAUAUAAAGAAUUAUUUUUUUAGGGUGUAAGUAAAAAAAUAAUGCCAAUCUUGUAGCAUGAUAUUGAUCCGAACAUAUGUUGACCAUCUCAACAAUAAGUUUUUCUACAGUUUGAGAAACUUCUUUAAAUCUCAUCGGAGAUAUUUGUCAGUUUCCAAUUUAAUUUAUGCAAAUGAUAAUCAAGAUGGUACAAAAAAAAUAAAAGAUGGGCCAUUAGAGACGUACAAAUACUUUGUUAAAAAAGGAAUUUUAAAAAAGGAUGUGAAUCAAGAACAAGUGACUCUCACUUUAAAUGAGUUAUAUGCCAAUCUAAAAAGUAACAAUGCAAGUAAAAGAUCAAUAUUUGGGCUUUUUAGCACCAAGUCAGUUGAACCACUAAAAGGUGCUUAUAUUUACGGAUCAGUAGGUUGUGGAAAGACCAUGUUAAUGGAUCUAUUCUAUGAAAGCAUUGAUAUAACAAAUAAAAAAAGAAUUCAUUUUAACGAGUUUAUGUUAGAUAUACACAAGCGAAUACACAAGUUUAAACUGAAUUCUGCACCAGUCGAUCAUUCUGACAAAUCUGCGAAACCCUUGGAUCCAUUUCUUCCUGUGGCAGCUGCAAUAAAGCAAGAAACAAAUCUGCUUUGUUUUGAUGAAUUUCAAGUAACAGAUGUUGCUGAUGCUAUGAUAUUAAAAGGCUUGUUUACCAACUUGUUUAAAGAAGGUGUUGUUAUUGUUGCUACUUCAAAUCGACAUCCAGAAGAUUUGUACAAAAACGGUUUACAACGAGCUAACUUUGUUCCGUUUAUUCCGAUACUAAAGAAAUACUGCAAUGUUAUACAUUUGAAAUCUAAAGUGGAUUACAGAAGACUUGAUUUUUCAUCUUUGGCAGGAUGUUACUUUAGUGAAACAGACGGCGAUGCUGUUUUGUUGCUUCAACGUACGUUUGCGAAGCUGUGUGAGAACGAGCGAAAAGGUGGAUUUAACUUGGAAUCGAAAAAUCUGUCUGUGUUUGGACGAAAUUUACUUGUACAAAAGUCAUGUGGAAAGGUUGCUUAUUUCACCUUCGAAGAACUAUGUAUGCAGCCCUUAGGUGCAGUUGACUACAUCGCUAUUUCAAAAGAAUACGAUACUGUGUUGGUGGAAAACAUUCCUAUCUUGACACCGAGAAAAAAAGUGGAACUGAGACGGUUUAUCAUCAUGAUAGAUAAUUUUUACGAUAACAAGAUUCGUCUUUUUUGUUCCGCUGAGAAGCCACUCAAUACAUUGUUUGAAAUGCAGGAAGAGUCACACAUUGAUGUUGAAGCACAGCGAAUGUUGAUGGAUGAUCUUGGAAUAAAUUCGACUGACAAAAACGCAAGUGCAAGUAUAUUUACUGCAGAAGAAGAAAUAUUCGCUGUUGACAGGACAAUAUCACGGUUGUCAGAGAUGCAGACGGAACAAUAUUGGAAUCGCGAAUAAUUCUUUUUAAAAAAAUCAGAUUUUUAAAUUUUAUGUAAUCAUUUUUAUAUUAAAAUAAAUAGUCGCCUAACACGACAAAAUUGAAA